CGUCUAGCUGGUGGAUGUGUUAGCUCGUUCAUGGCCCAGCAGUAGACUCCAACCACCGGACGAGGGACACUGGGAUACACCUUAAAGAGUCCCACGCAAACUCAACCACCGAUUGGCUGGAAGCGGACCAGAGGAGACUGUGAGGAGCGAGUGGGUUAACCUAGGAGGGCCGCGGGCCAGGACCAGGGCCAGAGCAUGGGGAAGACAAGCCGGAGCACGGUGGAGCUGAACUCCCCCACAGAGACGAAACAAGCGCUCCCCUUCGAGGAUCUCAACCACUCGGCCGCCCUCGGAGACGAAGAGAACAAGAAGGAGGAGCCGCCAGAUCGAGGGAGCUGGAAGGGGAAGUUUGACUUCCUGUUGUCGUGCGUGGGCUACGCCAUCGGGCUGGGGAAUGUGUGGAGGUUCCCUUACUUGUGCGGGAAGAACGGAGGGGGGGCCUUCCUCAUCCCCUACUUCCUGACCCUGGUGUUUGCUGGGAUCCCUCUCUUCCUGCUGGAGACGUCGCUGGGUCAGUUCACCUCGGUGGGGGGUCUGGGGGUGUGGAAACUCCUGCCGAUGAUGAAAGGCGUUGGCCUGGCAUCCGUGGUCAUCUCCUUCUGGCUCAAUAUCUAUUACAUCAUCAUCAUCGCCUGGGCCCUCUACUACCUGUUCAGCUCCUUCAAAUCGGAGUUGCCUUGGCAGAGUUGUGACAACCCCUGGAAUACAGAGAAAUGCUUCUGCAACUAUAGUCUGACUGACACCACCAACCUCACCAGCGCAGUCACUGAGUUCUGGGAGCGUAACAUGCACCAGAUGUCUGGAGGUCUGGAAGAGCCAGGGGAGCUGAGAUGGCCCCUGGUCGGGACUCUCGCCCUGGCCUGGGUCCUCGUCUACUUCUCCAUCUGGAAAGGAGUGGAGUGGACAGGCAAGGUUGUGUACUUCUCUGCCACCUAUCCGUACUUCAUGCUGUUCAUCCUGUUCUUCCGGGGAGUCACUCUUCCUGGAGCGAAGGAGGGCAUCCUCUUCUACAUCACCCCCGACUUCAACAAGCUGGUCACGUCUGAGGUUUGGCUGGAUGCAGCCACCCAGAUCUUCUUCUCUUAUGGACUUGGUCUUGGUUCUCUCAUUGCCUUGGGUAGCUACAACUCCUUUAACAACGACGUGUACAGGGACUCCCUUAUCGUGUGCUGCAUCAACUCCUUCACCAGCAUGUUUGCCGGCUUCGUCAUCUUCUCCAUAGUGGGCUUCAUGUCCUAUAUCACCAAGAAGCCUGUCCAGGAGCUGGCUGCCUCAGGGCCAGGCUUGGCUUUCCUGGCCUACCCUCAGGCUGUGACCCAGCUGCCCAUGUCCUCCUUGUGGGCCAUCCUCUUCUUCUCCAUGCUCAUGAUGCUGGGUCUGGACAGCCAGUUCUGUACGGUGGAAGGUUUCAUUACAGCUCUGAUGGACGAGUACCCCAUGGUGCUGAGGAAGAGGAAGAAGUCUUUCAUCCUGGUGGUGUGCAUCUUCUCCUUCAUUAUCGGCUUCUCCAACGUCACACAGGGGGGCCUGUAUGUCUUCAAGCUGUUUGACUACUACUCUGCCAGUGGCAUGUGUCUGCUAUUCCUUGUCUUCUUUGAAACGGUCUCCAUAUCCUGGUUUUAUGGAGCUGAUAGGUUCUAUGGGGACAUUGAGUCGAUGAUAGGAUACCGGCCUUGUAUCUGGUGGAAGCUCUGCUGGAAAUUCUUUACUCCCCUAAUCUGCCUGGGGGUGUUUACCUUCAGCGCUAUCGAGAUGACCCCUCUAACCCUGGGAACGUACGUGUACCCGGCCUGGGGCCAGACGAUUGGCUGGUUCAUGUCCCUGUCAUCCAUGAUGCUGAUUCCUGGCUACGCCAUCUAUAUGUUCUGCAAGACCAAGGGAAGCUUCAAGGAGCGCUGGCGCAAAAUUACCACCUCGAAACAGGAAGCUCGGCAGGAAGAUGUCACCAGGCGGACCUCCCACACAGGAAGUGUGGGAGAAGCAGCCGUCUAGCUCAGCGAGCAGCAGGAAACUGUCAUCAAGACCCAGGUUCAAAUAAAGUGAGGCAUCAUGGUAUACCAGCCAAACUGUAUAGCUCUGUAUUUCAGUUCCACACAAUUGACACACACUUCCUCUAAAAUCAAAUGUUGACAUUACAUGGAAUGGUCACCCAAAAAGGUUGACUCAAAGGACUAGAACGUUCUUUUCCCUCCAGUAUGCACUGUCCAGUUAUAAUCCAUAUGAAUGUGUAUUUGAAACCUCUUUGCUUAUAGCUCCUCUAUAAAUCACCUCUGCUCCAUGUCAAUGUGAUUGGAGAUGACAUCAUAAUUACAACGCCUUUUAAAUGUGUCAAAUCUGCACCUGAAGAGUGAGUGAAUAUAAUCUCUUUUUUUUGUACUGAAUGUGUCAUUUGGAAAUAGUUUAUGCACUGUUGGAAGGGUAAUAAUGUCAUAUGACACUAGGUACUGUGCCUAGAAAGUAGAGCUAGAUUUGGAAACUGCAUUUCCAAUUGAAAAUUAUAGUUUUUUUGUGAUAAAAUUAUGAUUUGUACCAUACUACACACCUUUGUUGAACUGGUUUGUUGAACUGUAAAUAUUUUUGUGAUCUUAGCAUCGAAAAUGUCUUCUUUUGUAUCAUAUAAAGUCAUAAUGAGGAAAAUAAAU